AUGCUGCGUCGUCGUCUAAUUUUCUCUACCUCCACACAAACUACCUUUGCUGGUGCCCUUUCAGCAACAGUGGAAGCCCAUGCCACCUACAAGAGUGAUGCUAUUACUACCUUAACACACAGUACUAUUACAAACAUCUCUUCAAGUCCCUCUCACUCUCUGGGUAAGAGUAAAGGCAACAGUAAUGGUAAUGGCUGUCCAACACCGAUAUUUAUCAGCUGUAGAGCUCACUUCACAACAUUACCGCUGUUGGCUCCAUCUACAACCCGCACAUUACCCGCCUCACCCCAUCAGUGCUCUGUUGAACAGGUAUUGCUUCCCAAUAUACAAACUAAUGAGAGUGGUAUUCGUACGGAAACGCUUCGUGGAAUGGUGCAGUUAUUGCUUGAGCCAGAUGCCACAGAUGUGGAAGAUGUCUCUAUGCUGGAUUUUGUGGUCAUGGUGCCUAAACGACAACUCGCCGCCCUUCGUGGACGUAAAGAAUGGCUUGAAGUGGUGUUAAGUUCGGAGCGUUAUCAGGCAUGUAAAGAUGCCCGAGCACUGCGACUGGCGGGAAUCACCACACUUGGGCGAUGGGAUGAGAACCGUGAACGUGUGCCAGUCUCACCGUAUUCACGUGGUUUAUUAGAAGAUGCCUUUGCCGCCAUAGCUCGACAGCCAGUGGAAUCGCAAAAGGAUCAAGUGAUCACAUGGUUAACGAAAACCAUUCAAAAAGCUGUUAUUGAGGAGUUUGCAGCUAAUAAGGGAAAUCGAAAAGUACUUGCCCCACUCAUUACAGGUAUGCAGGCACUUCCAGAGACUGUGGCUGCCGCUGCUGCUACGAUAAAGGAAGAUGAAUCUCAACAACGGCUGGAGGGGACGAAGGAAGAGAAUGAUACAGCUGAAACAUCAGAGUGGGAAAGUAGUAACCAGAAAACGACUAAGGCUACAAAGAAUCGUGGGAAAAAACAGGCAAAACAUGUUGAAGAAGAUCAUGCCGAAGGCGCAGAAGCAACAACAAAAGCUGUGGAAAGUGAAGAUGUUUCUAAAAAGGAUAAUGCAACAGCCUCCAUGGAAGAUGAUGAGGAUGCUGAAAUUGCAAGGCUUUUAAAAGAAACCGAGCAGGAAUUUGCUCCAACCCCAUAUGUCCGUGGAAGCAAUGAUACCAAUAAGACAUCAUCAUCAACAACAACAGCAUCCACUGGAGGAGCAGCAGCAAAGACUGAUAGUGAUGACUACUCCAGAUCUGGUAAACUAAAGAAAAAGAAGGGCAGCGAGGCUCUUACAAAGAAAGCUGAACUACAAAAACAACAACAAGAGCAAGAGCUAGAGUUACCGGAUGAAGAUGAUGACAUGGAAAUGGAUGAAGCAACGGAGAAAGGACAAAAAACACGUGGUGUUACCGCUGCUGAUACAGUCCCAUCUGAUGCGAAACAAAACAGAUCAUUAGCUCGUCUGGCCGAGUUAAUGCUUACUCAAUUUAACAGUGCCGAUGGCUAUCUUCAUAUGUCUGACAUUAAAGAUGAUGAAAAAAAAGGAUUUGUUAUUGUGGUUGAGGGUGAUAUGGCGCAAGUGGACCCAUUCGCUCUCUACAGUACCUUCAGUGCUGCCAAGGUAACCGAUGGUGAUUCACGUGAAAUUCUCGCACUUAAACAAGUUUGUUCAGCUUAUAAUACAUACACUGAAGCACAUGAUGCUGCUAAUGAUGAGGCGACAGCAAAGUUUUAUAAAGAAAAGGGUGUAGAGGCACUGGUGCAUGGCGCAGUAUUACUUCGGGCAAUCUCACGCGAACAUCCAGUUACACUAGAACCUCGUGAUAUUCCUGCCUAUGGUUUCCCGCUUCUAUCAUCAGACCGUCGUCCACAUCGCGUACGACGCAAUAAAGGAGCUACAGAUAUGACAGCUGAAAAGGUUGAAGAGGCUGUUAAAGCUUAUACUUCAUUUUUUGCUACCAAGAGUAAGAGGUUUACACCUAUUCGUCCAACUAUUGAUUUUAAUUCAGGAUGUAGUGUAGUAGCAUUAAUGGGUACAACACUACAUUUAUACGAGACAUCAUUAAAAGAAACUGUUCGAGAAGAUGAUAUUAGAUGCCGUUUUGCUGAAUCUAUGCUUGGUGUCCUUCAUGUUUUGGAGAGAAAGGUUCUGAAUCGGGUAAAUGUUGUACACUAUCAUAUCCUUGCUACUUCUAUUAGUGGAGGUGGAGGAGCAAAUGGUAUGGAUAUGAUGCCAACCUCUAUUGUUAGUAUUGACACUACUGGUUCAUUUACUUCAGCUGAAAAGACUCGUCUACAUCAACUUGCUGAGCCUCUUGGUAUGACAAGUACUAUUGCAGAGUGUUCCUCUGUUUCUGAUCUUGUAGAUGCUAUUGAAUCCCUUGGUGUUUCUGUGGUACAUGAUAUCUUAACGAACCGUGAAGACUUGGAAGCACUGCUCACACCCACUCUAGUUCAGCUUCUUCCUGAGGCGGAGGAAGAAGAAGAGGUUGAGGAAAUGGAUAAAAAGCCCCCUGCAAAGCGUGUCUCUGCAACUGUGGGAAAAGAAGUAACCUCAAAGUCUGGGUCUGGAGGUGGUGGUGGUAGCAGCAAUAGUACUACUGCUGCCGCAGCCGCAGCUGCGAAGGUGGCUAUGGCUGCAGCAACAGCAACAAGUAAAGAUGAAGAGGAAGAAGAAGAGGAAGAAGAGGAAGAGGAAGAAAAGACUCCUAAGAAGAAGGGAAAGGGUAAGAAAAAGGAAGAAGUAGAAGAGGAACCCGAAGAAGAGGAAGAGGUGGAAGAAGAAGAGGAGGAGGAAGAAGAAGAAGAGGAGGAAGAAGAGGAGGAGGAAGAGGAAGAGGAAGAAGAAGAAGUGCGCACACCUCCUGUGAACAACAAUGGUAACAAGAAGAACUUGCCACCGGCGAAGAAUCGAUCGGCCCGCGGAAGGGCUCAGGCUACGGAAGAGUUAACUCUUGAGAAGGACGAUGAGGAGGAGGAUGAGGAAGAAGAACAAUAUCAUCAUCAUCAUCAGAAAUCACGUGCGCCGCCCACAAGAAAGGCCACUCAAGGCGGUAAGCGAGCACCACCUCCAGCGGCUGUAGAGGAUGAUGAGGAUGAGGAUGAAGAUGAUGAAGAGGAGGAACUCGUAGAGAAAGCCCCGCCCCCACCACCGCCGCCUGCUGCUGCUGGAAAUAAGAAGGGCCAUAUGGUAAAGAAAACAUCAUCACCACCUCCUCCUGCGGCAGUAGAUGAGGAUGAGGAUGAGGAUGAUGAAGAAAUUGAAGAAACACCUCGCACUCCUCCUCCACCGCCGCCUCCUCCUUCAGCGAAGAAGGGCGCCCACGCAAGACGUGCUCCUCCCACACCCCCAACACCUCCUGUCGCUGCUGCUGCAAGUGAAGAUGAGGACAGUAAAAGCCUUGAAGAUGAACAAGAGGAACAAGUGGUGGUAACCUCACGCCCACGAAACCGUACUAGACGAAUGGCUCGUGCUUUACCGCCACGUGUUGAUAACGAUGAUGAUGAUGAUGAUCGCUGGUUCCAAAAGACAAGGCGUUAA